AUGACUCGCAGAAAUCCCAAAUCUCCCGACGCUGGCUUCUACGCACCAGCAACCAAAGCUACUAUCCCAAUUCGCAACACGAGACGUAGGUCUCGAGACCCUCCUGGUAAAUCCUUCGUCGAAACUUUUCCGUUGGAAAUUCGAUACAUGAUCUACAAGCUCUGCAACCCAGCUCCGCGUGUGAUCGAAAUUUACAACUCCAGCCUUGGAUAUUGGGAGAACCUUGCUAGAAGAGCAAUACCUGCAUACAUGCCUUCGAACCUGUAUGAAUACUCCUCCAUCCAAGUAGCCAGAUGCACAGGGGUCACUGUUCCUCUUUUACUUCACAACAACCACGAGUCGAGGGCAUAUGCAUUGCGCUCCUACACUGUCAUCUUCACUGACCCAAUUCGCGGUCAGCCAGUGUAUUUUGACCUACGGCGGGAUAUCCUUGAAAUCCGAGGCAUGGAAACGGCAUUCGUACUACUUGGUCGAGUCCCGUCCUUCACAUCUAAAAGGUAUGAGUUUGCAAAGGGAGGAGAUAUGACUAGGGCCAUGAUGAAAGUACGCAAUUUAUCUGUCAACUUAGGCGGCCGUCCAGACCGACUUCUUACGGAAAGUUUCUCUGGGCUCAAAGAAUUCACAGAUACGAAAUACCUACGAACUCUUUAUCUUCAUUGCAGUUUCAGAGAAGAGUAUGACUUGCAUCGCCGCUAUUCCAAGCCUUGUGACAAGCUGACGGUGAAGGAUCGGUACCAGCUUCACGUGGACAAAAAGCCCAAGAAAAAAUUCCUCGUCACAAAAGCACCAAAGUCCAUAUACGUGUUUGGACAGACAAAGAGAUGA